GGGAGUGCUCGUCAGCUCAUCGGGAAGUCAACUGCAACGGCCGUUCGGAUUGUCCGUCAUGUCGACUGGCGCAAGGGCGCGCUCCUUAUCAUUGGAGAGUGGAGAUUUUGUCCGUGCGUUCUUGGAUGAGGAUGAAGCCGACAGCGACGGGAGAGGAAAAGGAUCUGAGGGCGUCGUUUUCAGCCAAAUGGAGCAGCCAACCUCGACCGACAAGAUGUCCGCGGUGGAGAAGCUGGAUGAGGACUUUGCCCACUGCCAGUCGAUGCUCAACCUCAGCCUCUCUCAGCUCCAGAUGUGGCACCAGUGGAACUGGCUACUGGCAGCACAGCACCAAAAACUCUUCUACCACCAACUGCAGACGCCGCACCACUACUACGGUGGGUCAGCGUCAUGGUCGGUGCGGCCGCGUGAGGGCCCGGUGCCGCUGACGGGCAUCAUCACACUCGAGGGCUCCGCAGACUGGGAUAGUGACCUGUUCCUGGCGCAGCAGCCGGACAUUGACCCCUACACGCCCCGACCGCCACACACAGCCACAGCCACGGCAGCCGGUGAUGACACCCAGCAGGACGAGCAGCUUGAGGGCCAGCAACAAGAGCAGCAGCAGCAGCAGCAGCAGGAGCAGGCCCACCAGGGUGACCCGAUGCGUCGGUACGCCGGUGAGCGAGAGGUGGCGGCCAACGUGUUCGAGCGGUACCACCUGGAUGUGGUGCUCAAGGUGGCGCUGCUGCUGGCGCUGUUUGAGAGCAAGAGGGUGGUGUGGAUGGUCUUCCUCGCCCUCUCGACCGUCUAUGUGGCCGGCCUCCUCGACCCCAUCAUCGACUACCUCAGGGCACCAAACGGAUCGAGGAACCUAGAACAGGUGCGUUGCGUUGCGUUGGAUGUGCCACACACCACCAACACCACCCACGUGUCGGUCUCUGUGUGUUGUGUAUGUGUGUGUCAGUUUCUGCGUCAGUUUCGCGAGGAGCAGCGGAAUCGCCAGACGCGUGCAGAGGCCCAGACCAUCCUCGACCAAUCCCCACAGACCACAGAUGCCGCCGCCGCCACUGCUGCGGCUGAUGAAGGUGCUGCUCCCGCUGAGCAGCAGCAGGGUGAGCCGUCGAGUGAGCCGAGCGGAGCGUCUGAGGGCAGUGGUGCGAGUCCAUCGAGCAGCGGCGGUGGUGUUCUUAGUGGCGAGAGUACUGGCGAAGCAAGCAGCGCUGCUGCGGCGGCGGCGGCGACGGUAAGACGACAAUAGACAGGGGGGACUGGUGCUGUGCUGUACGGAUUGACCUCUGCGUUUGUAUUGGUUGUGCUGUGUGUCUAGGUUCAGGCGUCCCCCGCUGCAGGUGCCAGCCCGACCGAUGAAGGGGCUGGCCGGGCACAGGAGGCUGCCCCUGCAGAUGGCGACGCCGCAGCUGUUGAUGGUGCUGCUGCCGAUGUGCCGCCGUAUGUAGCGCGUUGGCUGUAUCAGUCGGUGGUGGCCUUCUUCAUGUCGGCCUUCCCCUCGUGGACGCCCAACAGCAGAUUCCUGCAGUGAGGGAGGGAGGGAGGGGGGACUCGUGUGCAGAUCGAGGGAUAGAAUGGAUGAAUGGUGGCGUCAUGAUGUGUUGGUUGUGAAAUGGGUGAAAGGCUGGGGGCAAUGUGUGUGCGAUAUGCCGUCUUUUGUGCACUCACCACGCUUACCUUGGCGACCGCUGACGGCUGUCUGCCAGCCAGAGUCCUGGUUUGGCAAACAGACGUUCAUGCUGGCAGGGGAAAGCUGUGGGUGUAUGAGGACGGGUGCAGCAACACAGGUAGACAAGACAAUCAGACAGACAGACAGGCAGCGAGCAAG